GGUCGCAACAAGAAGGGUCGUGGCCACGUCAAGCCCGUCCGCUGCUCCAACUGCUCGCGAUGCGUUCCUAAGGACAAGGCCGUCAAGAGAUUCACCAUCCGCAACAUGGUCGAGUCCGCCGCUAUCCGUACGUNNGAUAUCUCGGAUGCCUCCGUCUUCGCCGAGUACGCCGUCCCCAAGAUGUACCUGAAGCUCCAGUACUGCAUCUCGUGCGCCAUUCACGGCAAGAUCGUUCGCACAGUGNUCCGUUCCCGCGAGGGCCGCCGCAACCGUGCCCCUCCCCCGCGUGUUCGCUUCAACAAGGACGGCAAGAAGAUCAACCCUCAGCAGGCCGCCAAGGUCGCUGCUGGUGCCCAGGCA